GGCGCUCCCCCUUUUCCCUGUCUCCCCGGUCUCUUGAGGAGCCCGGGAAGGAGGCUCCGCUGGUGCCGCCGGGUCAGGGGCUGCCGGGACCGGGCUGCGGCAGUCGUUAGCGGGUCAUGUCGGCCGCGCAGGGAUGGGACAGGAACCGCCGGAGGGGAGGCGCGGCUGGCGCUGGUGGUGGAGGUAGCGGGGCCGGUGGGGGCAGUGGGAGCAGCGGGGGUCGGGGGACUGGCCAGCUCAACCGCUUCGUGCAGCUCUCCGGGCGGCCACAUCUGCCAGGUAAGAAGAAAAUACGAUGGGACCCAGUUAGGAGGCGCUUCAUUCAGUCCUGUCCCAUCAUAAGGAUCCCUAACAGGUUUUUGAGAGGCCACAGACCUCCACCAGCACGCAGUGGACAUCGCUGUGUGGCAGAUAAUACCAACCUCUAUGUGUUCGGAGGGUAUAAUCCAGACUACGAUGAAUCGGGAGGGCCAGAUAACGAAGACUAUCCUCUCUUCAGGGAGCUGUGGAGGUAUCAUUUUGCCACAGGAGUAUGGCACCAGAUGGGUACAGAUGGCUACAUGCCCCGAGAAUUGGCAUCUAUGUCACUCGUGCUGCAUGGAAACAACCUGUUAGUGUUUGGAGGUACGGGCAUCCCCUUUGGUGAGAGCAACGGCAAUGACGUUCAUGUCUGUAAUGUGAAGUAUAAGAGAUGGGCUUUACUCAGCUGUCGGGGGAAGAAACCCAGUCGUAUAUAUGGACAGGCCAUGGCCAUCAUCAAUGGGUCCCUUUAUGUCUUUGGAGGGACAACUGGUUACAUUUACAGCACAGAUUUGCACAAAUUAGAUCUCAAUACCAGAGAGUGGACACAACUAAAACCCAACAACCUGUCCUGUGACCUCCCAGAGGAAAGAUACAGACAUGAAAUUGCUCACGAUGGGCAGAGGAUUUAUAUCUUGGGAGGUGGUACUUCCUGGACUGCUUAUUCCUUAAACAAGAUCCAUGCAUACAACCUUGAAACAAAUGCCUGGGAGGAAAUUGCAACAAAACCCCAUGAAAAAAUAGGUUUUCCUGCAGCCCGAAGAUGUCACAGCUGUGUUCAAAUAAAAAAUGAUGUAUUUAUUUGUGGGGGCUAUAAUGGAGAAGUGAUCCUAGGAGAUAUCUGGAAGUUGAAUCUACAGACUUUUCAAUGGGUGAAACUCCCUGCUACCAUGCCAGAGCCAGUUUAUUUUCACUGUGCAGCUGUUACACCAGCUGGUUGCAUGUACAUUCAUGGAGGAGUGGUGAACAUCCACGAAAACAAACGGACGGGGUCAUUGUUUAAGAUCUGGCUGGUGGUGCCUAGCCUGCUGGAACUGGCAUGGGAGAAGCUGCUCGCGGCCUUCCCCAACCUAGCCAACCUCUCUCGAACGCAGCUUCUGCACCUUGGACUAACACAGGGACUCAUCGAGCGCUUGAAAUGAGGAUUUCUGGACUGUUCGUUGAUACUGGAAAUAUUAAUUUAAGAGACUCCUUUAUUUAUGGGCAGUGUAGAAUGUGCUACAAAGAGGAUUGGUACCCUGAUCAAGGCCUUAUUCAGAAAAUACAUCAGAUGCCUUUCUGUAAGUUGGUUUUUUAAGUUUAUGGACACAUCACUUUCCCAUGAGCUUUUUUCUUUGCUUCUUUGCCUCCUGCCCCAAUACGUACCCACAUACUUAUUCACAUAUCCCCUUAUUCACAUAUCCCCUUUCUUGCUAGAGUUGAAGAAAAGCCUGAAAGUACCUUAUUAAUUUUAUGAAUCAAGAUAAGAUAAAGAAGUUUUUAAAAAUGAAUUCUGAACACACUGACCAUGUCAGCCAAUGCUCUACAAAUUAAAAUAUUAUCAGCAAAGAUAAAAAUUAAAAAUCCAGCAACAGUGACAAGAAGUACUUUGGAGGACAGAAUGACAAGACUAACCUUUACAGUCUUGCAAGUUGUCGUUAAACCUGACAGUUUAGCUUGAUGUUGUCCAGACGUGCCUGAGUAGCAGGCUCUCAUGGCAGCAGGGGUUGACUUCUUGCUGCAUGGGUACCUAAACCUAUCCUUUGGCUUUGGAGGAGCAACUCUUGGUUAGUGAUUUCUCUUCUCCUCCUGAUAGUACCAGCAGUAGAUAGAGUUGGCUCCUUGAAAGACUUCUUGUAUGAGUCAUAGUCAAGAGUCUUGGUGUAAUUCUUAAAUUGAGAAACUUACAAUUGUCCACAAAGUUUUAAAUUGAAAAACUUAUGGUUGUCAGAAUUCUUUCUGGGCAGUUUUAAAAUUCUCUGAUGAUUAUUAAGGUUUUAAGUAUCUCUUUGAAUCCUUCAUGGGGAAUAGUAGCCCUUAAACAGGCAGUGUGACGGCCACAGCAGGGAAAGCAGGACAGCCGGGACCUGUGCUCUCAGGCCUGGCUGAUUUGGCUUCUGCCUGACUGUCACAUUGGCCAGUUCCUUCUCAGAACUUGUUUCCGUCCUGACCUCUAGGCCACGUCCUUGCCAUUUUCUCGGCAGGUGGCCAGGAGUACUCCUUAGCUUGUUACCUCUUUUGCUGUCUGCUUCGCUGUGCAUGGUGCUAUACUUGUGACUGGACAAAAGGUCUUGAGAGAAAAGCCCAGAUCGUCUUCCUGAAGAACCAAGUAUCAUUUAAAAACUAGCACAAGGAAAGAAUGCAACUAAAUAUCACUCACUUUUUUUUUUUUUUUGGUGUGAAAUUUUAGUUCUGUUUUUGUUUUGUCAAUUCUAAAAACGACCUAUGUCUUUACUUGCUUUGCCAUCAUGCUGCUAGAGGAGUUGCGCGGGCUGCUCGCUGAGAGCAUGUGGGCAUUGCAGGUUUCUCAAGGUGCUGAAGGGCGUGGGCAGGCGCAGUGCUGACCCCUCCACAGGCCCUUCAUUACAGGGCGCCCACACAGGAGAUUUGGGACACACUUUUCCUUUAAGUGCCUCUUUUUCACCCAGCUUUAAAAAAUUUUUUUCUUUUCUUUUACCCCAGAAGGGAUCUCUUUGGCUGCUGUGUGGAUUUAAAGUACCUUUGAGUUGAGGCUAAAAAGUUACUGUCUGAUGUUCAGUUCUGGGGAAGAGACAGCUGUCACCUCUAGGCUUGGACCCCUAACUUGUAGGCUUUUUGCUAUCCCAUGUUCACAGAGCAUGUAUUCUGCAAAGCCUUAUAAGAACUCAUCUGUGAGUCUGGGUCCUUCUGUGGGGGUGAGGAGUGUGAGAAAAAUGCAGGGAAAAGGAGCAUCCUCCUCAAGGGUUGCAUCCCCAAUGGCUUGCCAUUUCCAGUCUUGUGGUAUUUAAUCUCUUACCACCAUCUGCUAGUCAAGUCAGUCAGAGUAGCUCCACCAGUUCAAAACAGGACUUUGCCACGAUUUUGGCCUGCUUUUUCUAGGUCUGGUGGAAUAAUAUCCAAAACUAAAGAAGUGAUGCUGUUUAGCGUGGCAGAAGGAUUUUUGCCAUUGAAAUCCAUAGGGACCAAAGAGCAAAUGCUCAGCCUGUAUGCUUAGGCGUCCAUGGUCCUUGGCACAGGAGCGGGUCUCUGUGCUCACAGAAUGCUGGAGACCGGGGUCUGAGUCAAUCCACACUUGGCUUGUAUCUUUUUUAGAAGCCUUCUGAGGGCAGUCUUUGAGGUAGAUGUUAAAGGCCUGGCAUUAAAGACCUUGUGCGUGACAUUUUCAGAAAAUAACAUGUCCUUCAUCUGAUGUGUCAUAACACUAGGAAAUGAUGUGAUAAUGCACCUGUGUUCAGUACCAAACUAGACUGUGUGUCUGAGGAGUUAAAUGACGGUGACUGGACUUUUAUAAAAGGGUCGCCAGGCACUUUAAAGCCAGCACUUGGAGGCAAGUUAUGCUGUUACUUGGUGUGGAAAGGGUUAUGCUGCUGCUCUUCUGCCUCUCCGUGGUGCUCCCCUUUUCCUGCAGUCCUGGAAACUGAAGUGCAAUAUAUAGAAUACAUAUGGGUAUAUACAGAUUAUGGAGGGAUGUGACUAUCAAGCAGCUAGCCUUUUUUGUAUCUGUCUUGAGGAAGCCAGCUCACUAUUUUAGAAUAAAAUUAUGACAAGCAUUCUCAGUGUAUCAUCUGGUUCUUGGUAAAGCUGGAUUUUCAAGACGAGGUUUUCUUAUUCUAGUCGUAGAGACUCACUGUUCCUUGGGUUUGUCAGAGUGAGAUUUUUCCCCCCGAUUACCUUUGUGCUGUGUCAUUUAUGUAUGUGCUGCCCAGGAACAAGGAAGUCCACUUGUAAGGCAUUUUCUAAGUGGAGAAUCAAAAUCUAAUUUUAGUGCUAUCAGUUCUCUCUUAUAUACACUAACUUAUCUGGGCUUGUAAUACCUUAUUAAAUGAUGAAAAUGAUAUUCUUCUCAUUUUAUAAAGUAUUUUCCACAUCCUGAACAUUCUAUAAACUGAUGUAGAAUAGACUGAGAUUUUAGUCAUUCUCUUGGGGCCAAAUAAAAUCCUUUCCAUUGGUAGGAUCUUCUUUUUUCAAGGCCCUGAUGACAUGACGAACAAAUUUACUCUACACCAAUCAUGUCCAUCACACAGAUAGAUUUUAAACUAUGAAAAGAAACAUAUUAAUAUUUCUAAGCAAAAAGUAUGUUGACAGUGACCUUUGUGUACCCAGAGUAGCAAGAGUAAAGCACAGAUAACUGAAAUCCAUAGAUAAUCAGUGUUUCCAGUUUUCCGUCAAACUGUCAACCCAUUUACAUUUCUUUUUCCACUCAGUCCCUUUCCUAUGAUCACUUCCUCCUCAAUGGGAUGAGUAGUUGGAAAAGGGGCUAUCACAGAGCAGUUAGCAAUCAGCAAAGGUAUGCGGCCCACUUUGCUGUGCUUGGUCCAUGCCAUGACCAUUGGCACUGCUGAGAGGAGCCACAGGCGGUGGCCCUGAGUUCAGGUGUCAGGGCUCCAUCUCCUGCCGAGUCCUAGGUUGACUCCCCUAAACCACCAGAGAACUCUUAGCACCUGUGGGAAGAACAAGCUGUGUGUGACAGGCAUGGGGACCCCAUCAUUUCAACAUAUUUCUUUGGCUCUUGACGAAUCCUUGCUGUUUCUCAUCUUACUUUGGUGAUACCUUCUCCAGUCAUAAAGCCUGGCAUAUGGGAAAGCAUGGAUUAUUCUGUGUCGGUCUGUAUACCCUAAAAACCACUUUGUUUUUAUGUGUUCUUAUAGAUGUUUAGAGUGGCACUCUACCUGCCAGCAAUCUGAUGUAGCACAAAAAAGCCAUUUUCCUUUUUCUUUUCUUUUUGUUUUUCUGGCAUUGAGCUCCAGGGUAGAUGAUGGUUUAUGGCCUUAUGACCAUAAGAUCCAAAAGUGGCCACCAUUAGUUUAAAUUGUGUCGGUUCCCCGAAUGCCUUGGCAUUUUCAGGAUGCUGGCAGGGCCUGAGGACGGCCCCAUGGAGUCUGCAGCCUUGGGUGUGCUGCCACCAGGUCAUGCCCAGUGGCAGCAUUUCCCUCCUAAGGUUGUGAGCCUUGGUGGAAAGCGACCUUCCCUUGUCUGGUGUAAUAAACAGAAGUUCUAAGUCGUGCAUCAAAAGUGAUAUCAUCUUUUUGGUGUAAAUUUCAUGUUUUUAAUUUUUUAAAACUUGUGAGAAAUUCUUCAUUGGCCCUGCUUAGUCAGUGUACAGGGUGAGUCAGAGGCAGUUUUCAGAGAGAAAGCCAGUUUCACCAAGCAGUAGUGACUGCUGUUUUCCUAGUUACACAUCUAGAAUAUAAAGGAGGCGUCGGAAAACACACUGGCUCUCUCUAAGGCCACUGCCACACACAGAGCUGCACAGGGAAGCACAGUCACCUCCCUGUAACGGCACCUACAGUGGCAAGGCACUGGGAGAGCCAGGAGAGAAACAGGGGCCUCUCUCUAAGACGCGCCUCUGAGGGGUGAGCCCAGGCUUCGCUCUUUCUGCAGGGUAUGCUGAGGCCACACACAAUGCUUGCCUUACUUUAAAGCUAUUUGCCACAGCCCUGUUCAGUAGUGUGGAAGUCCUUUCGCAGUCUGGUGUGCAUGCCAUGUGAUCAGGACAGCUUUUCCACCUUCUUUGGUUUCCUACAAGCAAGUAGGAGAUGUAGUGAAUUUACUCUGAAAUGUCCAAUCUGUAUUUAUGUACCUUGUCAGUGUUUUGCUGUUGGUUUUCUAAAACAAUCUGAUCAAUAAAUCUUAUUCAACUCUA